UAAUUUAGAGUUCAAUUGAGAUUACAGAUAUUGAUAAGGAUAAUAAUAUUAUUUUUUAUAUUAGAUUUAUCUUUAUUUUUCUGUUGAGUAUAAUAGGUUCCAAUAUGGGUAUCAGUAUUCAAAUAUAAUAGCUUUAUAUAUCAUCAGGCGGCGCUGCAAGUUAUAUAUGUAUCUAUUCCAUUAUUUGUAUGAAGCAGUAUAAGGCAUAUUUUUGGACAUAAAAGAUAGGUUAAAGAGUUGAAUGAAGUUUUUUAUUUCUAUGAACAUUGAAUAGGUAAAUACAGUUUUAACAAUAAAAAUUUCAAUGUACGUUUAGAGUUCAUCAAAUCAUUAAAAUAAUAUUAUAAUUAUCAUAAAUCGUAAUAUGUCUGAGGACGAAUUUAUAUUAGUGAAUCGACGUAGAAGACGUAAAAAAUUCGAACAAGUUUUUAGAGAACAAUUAUCACUUACAGAAUCCAACGAAAUUGAAAUUGAUAAAGAAAUCGUAGUUCGAAAAUUAUUUGACGCAGUACCCAAGCUCAAAUAUAGUGUAUUUAAGACACACAUCUUGCAUAAUAUCUCAAAAGUUUUAAAGAUUUUAAAUACAAAUAAAAUAUUUGAGAUUAUCUGUUAUGGUUUAGGACGGUUUUCUCAACAUAAUUCUUCUAAGACAUUCAAGUACAAUGAAUUCCAAUAUCAAGAUUAUUCGUGCUUUAGCACAAGAAUUACGUCAUAUUUCCUUAAGCGAAAAACUAAAAGAUAAUAUUACAAUGCAAUAUAUUUUGGAACAAGCAUAUUCCCAUAAGGAAACCUCAGAAGUUCUGUGCAAAGCUCAAAAAGAAUUGAAGAAUUUAGCUGAAACAUAUCUUUGUUAUUUGACAUCGCAAAGGAAAUACAAAGACAUUAAAAUGCA